AUGAUUCUUCCGUUUAAGCCAUUCAAUUGUGCCCUCUUCCAGAGUACGCUACAGCAGAGCCCUGAGCGACGGGGGAGGUACAUAGUGGUAAGCUUCGGAAGUAACCCCAGGUCCCAGCUCCUUGAAAGGUACGGCCACUAUUUGCUUGUCGGACACCUAGGCAGUUUGAGAUCUAACUACAAGACGCAAGUACGGAAUUCCACUUUCCUCGUCGCAGCGGCUGCCGUUGGCACUCAAAGCGUCCUCACUGGGCCAGACAUCAUGUCAUUUUCCGAGGGUAAUCAAAUCUUGGAUAGCGAUCUGAGCAUCAAGUGGUUCCAGGACAUUAUUCAGGGAUGGGAUGCACGGCUUUCAAGGGAUACGAUAUCGGCCAUGUCAAUGGUGGAGCGGCGAAAACAGUCCCUCUCGCGCGGAGCGUGGGCAUCAAUAGCACUAGAGGCCUGGACUUCCAUAAGCGCUUCAAGAAGCGCAAUGUUGUUGCCUGAGCUUUCUCAGCUCUUACAAGGCACAGUUCCGCUUCUUCGCUAG